AUGGGACUCAGCCAAGUCUCCAACGUCACCCCCGACAUUGCUUCGGCGGCAUUGAGCGUCCUUCCCAACGCCUCCGGCACGCUUCCCACGCCGUCCCUGUCUCCGCCGUCCUGCAGCAUUGACGAAUCUUACAAGUACGUCUUCCUGCCCGUCUGCUACUCGGUGACCUUCGUCUUCAGCCUCAUGCUCAACUCCGUGGUGCUGCUGCGCUCCUGCGGCGCCGCCGGCGGGGGGGGGAACAGCGUCGGUGGCGGCGGCGUGCGGCGCUGGAACACCUCGCUGAUCUACAUGGUGAACCUGGCCACCACAGACCUUAUGUACGGCCUGUCGCUCCCCUUCCUCGUGGCGAGCUACGUGCUGCGAGACCGCUGGGUGUUCGGGGACUUCAUGUGUCGACUUGUCCGCUUCCUCUUCUACUUCAACCUCUACUGCUCCAUCUUCUUCCUCACCUGCAUCUCCGUGCACAGGUACUUGGGCAUCUGCCACCCGAUGAGGACGAUCACUCUGGAGAGCAAGCGCAUGGUGAAGGGGACUUGUGCGUUGGUGUGGGUCGUCGUCUUCAUCCUCACCUGCCCCAUCUUCAGGUUCGCCCAGACGGGAUACGUCCGGCGAGGCGGCGAUGUUCCCGUGGUGCCUGGCGGGGAAAGGGAACACAGCAACAGCUCUGGGUCUCAGCCAGAGGCCGAAGGAGGGUACAUGAACUGCUGGGACGACGCCAUCGAUAAGGAGUUUGCCGACUACGUCCCGUACGGGGUCGUCCUCCACGUGCUGGGCUUCUUUGUGCCAUUCGUCAUCAUUGCCUGGUGCUACUCUCAGGUCGUCAGGACGAUAUUUCAGACGAUGCGCUCCCCGCCCAGUUCCCUCGAAGGUGGAGAAGGCGGCGAGGACGGCACGGCGGUCGAUGGCGUGAACGAAAGAGUCAGAGACCGCGACAGGACGUCGGUGUCCAUCUCCGGGUCGCAGUACUCACACUACAUCCGGCGGCGACGGAAAUCGAUAAAAACCAUCGUGACGAUCACUCUGCUGUUUGCGCUCUGCUUCCUGCCGUUCCACGUGACGCGGACGCUGUUCCUGCUGCUGCGGCGGGGGCGGCUCGGCAGCUGCGCCGCCAUGAAGACGGUAUCCAUCUGCUACAAGGUCACGCGGCCGCUGGCGUCCUGCAACGCCUGGCUCAACGCCCUCCUGUACUUCCUGACAGGGGACAAGGGCGCCCCCUGGUGCGGGCCGGCAGAACGCAGCGUCCGCAGAGACCGCCGCAGUGGCUCCCUCUGGUGGCCGCUGAAGAUCCUGAAAAAAGAGGACGACCACGAGGCGGCCGAGAAGAUCGAAAGAGCUGCGCACACGGAGAACGAGUCCAAGUCUUCGAGGGUCAUCUUCUAGGUUUUAGUGGAGAUAUAUCGUUUUGUUUCCAUCCCUUUCCUUCUUCCUUUUCUAAUUUACUCUUUCCAAGUAAAGGGUAACUUUGCUUUUUUUCCAACCUGGACCCUAUUUGAGCCAUUAACCAGCUAACGGCCCUAAAACCCCUCUUUAUGGAAAGUUUGAUGAUGGCAGCGGGGCCGUAAACGCUGAAGCCUUUUUAAUGGCUGUUGCUGCUCACGUUGACACAGCCGGCCUGCCAGGAAAAACUAACAGAAACGUAGAUAGACGCCGAAUUUAAGCUCCAAAAUCUUCGAAAAACCUGGACCGUAUUUCCAUGUUUUUGUGUCUAAGUGACUGAUGGGAACUACAAUCUUUUGAAAUUAGUCCAGUAU